AUGUUUUCCAAGCUCAAGAACCUCGCCGAAAAGGGGCAGGGGUCGAGCCCCAAAUCCGGCGACGACCAGGGGGAGUCGCUCACCACCAUCCUCCCCACGCGAGAGGACAGGGCGAACCUCCUGCUCCUUAUUGCGGACCUGAUCGAGGUGAUGCGAGUUCAGCUUGUCGACGCCUUCGACCCCAACAAGUCCGAGACUGCCACACCGCUCAAAAUUGGGCGCUCACUGGAGGUUGGCGACGAUGCUGCACUGGAAAUCAAGCCCGGAGCCACGGAGCAGAGUGGACCGGACGAGGCUGCGGAGGAGCCAUCCGAGACUGAUCCUGCAGGCCAGACAGGCAAGGCCAAGACAGACGAAGAGAAGCGUAACGAUGCGGCCGAGAAGGCGAGGAAGGCCUUCGAGAGACGGGCCAAGGAGCUUGCCAGGCCGGAGACUGAGGCCUUCAAGCAGGCCGCGCUGACACAUUUCGACGACUGGCGUGACAAAGUCAUGCAGCGUAUUGGCGAGGCCGUCAACCAGCGCGAAGAUGGGGAUGAGCCAGCUCAACAGGGCCACGAGUCCCGCCCCUCGAGCCAACAGAAGCCAGACGCGGCCGGAGAGACCCUGCAGAACAUUUUCCCACCACUUGAGACUCCACUGGUUUCACUCAGUGAUGCCCGGCGCAUUCUCAUCAUGCACUCGAUCCUACUUAUCCUGCUCGGACUGGAGUCCUACCCGGCGGAAUCCAGAGUGCUCAUGCUUCGGCUGGCAAGCUCACUGGGGCUGUCCGCAGAGCUACUAUCUCAGGAUGAGAUAUCAGUGGCCAAGGGUCUCCUUGAGGCCGCAAAACAGCAGAUGAACGCAGACGAGGAGACCAAGAAGAAGGCAGAGGAAGGCUCAACCGCAAGGAAGUGGAAGGUCGGCCUCGGUGCAGUUGCGGGGGCUGUCCUUAUUGGAGUGACAGGUGGGCUUGCUGCUCCUCUGCUGGCUGCUGGAGUAGGCACGGUCAUGGGCGGUCUAGGACUCGGCGCCACAGCCACCGCUGGAUAUCUCGGGGCACUCGCUGGCUCAGCACCCCUUGUUGGUAUUUUGUUCGGUGCCUAUGGUGGCAGGAUGACUGGAAAGACUAUUUAUGAAUAUGCUAAAGAAGUCGAGGACUUCGCCUUUCUGCCAAUCAACAAGCCAUCACUGUUCCAGCGAGGCAAGCAGGACGAAAAGAACGCAAGACAUCUCCGUGUCGCUGUGGGCAUUGCCGGCUGGCUUGUGGAGGAGAAUGAGGUUGUUCUCCCAUGGCAGGCCAUCAGUGGGCGCAGCACCGAAGCGUUCGCUCUCAGAUGGGAGCUAGACGCAUUGCUCCGACUGGGCUGCGCUCUGAACACAUAUAUCAAGAGCUACGCAUGGGGCUUCGCCAAGAAGGAGAUCCUUAGCCGCACCAUAUUUGCUACUCUUGCUUCAGCUCUCACUUUACCAUAUGCCCUCGCCAAAGCCUCCCGUGUCAUCGACAACCCCUUCAGCGUCGCGGUGUCUCGGAGUGAGAAGGCAGGCAAGGUCCUUGCCGAUGCACUCAUCAACAAGGUCCAAGGCGAGCGACCAGUCACGCUGAUAGGGUACUCGCUAGGCGCAAGGGUCAUCUACACCUGUCUCGCUGAACUGGCGGAUCGCAAAGCCUUCGGCUUGGUGGAGUCAGUCUGCCUCAUUGGCGCAGCCGCACCGUCUGACCCCAUUGCAUGGCGGAAGAUUCGCUCUGUCGUCACAGGUCGCGUCAUCAACGUCUUUUCCACGAAGGACUACUUGCUAGCCUUUCUGUACCGCGCAAAUAGCUUUCAGUAUGGUAUUGCCGGCCUGCAAGCGAUUCCCGAGGUCCAGGGAAUCGAGAACGUCGACGUCUCCGACCUUGUGGACGGGCAUACGCAGUACCGCUUCCUGGUCGGUUCGAUCCUGCAGAAGCUAGAUCUUGAGGACAUCGAUGGCGAGGAGAAAGAAGACAAGGAAGAGCGCGAGAGGAAGGCAGUAGAGGGCAAGUCCGCUGAAGAGGAAGCCGACGAGAUGGAGAAAGAGGUUGAACAGAAGAGUAAGGCAACCAAAGCGAUGGAUUGGAUGGGCAACAAGGUGUCCGGUAUCAACAAGAAGAAGUCCACACCUACAGAGAACGUGAUGACAGAAGACGAUAUGCUUCGCGAGGCAGAGAAGCGGUAG